GGAAGUUGCUUCAUCAUGGAAGCUCCGAUAGAGAAUACAUCAACCACGGAAACUAGUAGCUCCUUGGACCAUUCAGCUUCCCCAGUUCCUGGGGAUGUAAAUUAUAACAUCACUCCGCAGGGCAUCACUGCUACCCUUGUGCCCCAUGUUAUGGACGAUACCCCCGAUAUAAGAGCUACCCCUGUGCCCCAUGUUAUGGACGAUACCCCCGAUAUAAGUGCUACCCCUGUGCCCCACGCUAUGGACGAUACCCCUGAUAUAAGUGCUACCUCUGAGGGUAAGAUCAAUGUCCCUGCCCCCGAGGGUGUGAGAUCUAGAGCUACCCCCACCCCCCAGGAUAUGACAGGUACGCUCACUCGCCAAGGUAUGGAAGCUACACCCAUCCUUAAACCUUGGAGAUCUACCUUGAUGGCAAAAGACAAAACUAUAACUAUGACCUUGACACCAAAGGUCGACAAGGACACUUCAUUAAGUAGAAGUACUGCUGUGACCUUGAGUGUCUCUAAAGAUGAUCCUUUGUCUCACACGGAUGAAAGUAUUAUGGGUAACAAGAACAUUUUGUGUUUGACAGAACAAAUUGAGAGCAAUCCUGGAAGGACAAAUAAACAUAACCAAAAAAUAAAAGUGGAAAGUAGCCUCACAAAGGGCCCAGGUGUUUCUUUGACCAAUAAUGACCAAGAUGUUUCUGUGAAUGCAAAGGACACAAGCAUGUCUUUGACACUGACUGACCAAAGUGUUUCUGUAACCCCUGAGGACAAUAGGGUCUCUCCGACCUCUAGGAACAUGGAUAGGAACUCUAUAGAUUCAUUGGGAUCUGGAGGGGCUAUCUACGUAGAAAUUGGACAAAUACAACCCCAUCUAAGUGCUAAUUCACCCCAAACUUCUGCUUGCAGGUCCUUGGAUGAUGUUGAUGGUCCAAGAGUGUUUUCUGAAUCACCCUAUUCAACAGUUAUCAGUGAAAAACCCAUUCCUCAAAGCGCAAAAUCAAGAGAAGUUGAAUAUGCAAGAAUUCAAAAAAGGCCAAAACCCAAAAAAGGUACAUCUGAAGCCAUUAUGCAAAGUCCUGAUAAUGCCAAUUCCAUAAAAAUUCCAGUGGAGCAAGUUAUAGACAGACAAGAAGAGGAUAUCAGUGUAGAGACGUCUGAUAAUUCUAGGAAUUCCGGAAUUAUCCGCGGAAGUUCUGGAAGUUCUAUGACAUUUGAAAACUACCAAAGAGUUCCUGGGACUAUGAUUCCAAUAAGUACAUGCCUUCUGCAAACAGUCAUUCCAGGAGAAGCCAUUCAGACAACUUCCUGUAAUACUGUAAAAAAUACUCCUGGGAAGGCUGUUCCCGUACCUCCCCUCCGUGUGUCCUCCAAACCACCGAGACCGACCUCCAAACUAAGUUUACGUGACAGCCAGCAUCGUCCUAGUCCACGUAAGAAUGACUCGGAGGUAAGGACGGUUCGACCAAUACCUCAUCAAACAUCUCCAGUUCUUGUUUUAAGGUCACCAGUUGCUAUGAGACCAAUCACCAGUCCCAUAUCUCCAGAUCUAGGGUCAAGGUCAGCUGUUGCUGUGAACUCCGGUAGACAUCAUCAGAGAACAAAAUCAUCGGACACAAACAUGACAACAAACAGUCCUUGGCAAGGUCAGCAUUUCCAUGGGCCAGUUGCUAGGGCACAGUCAUUACAAGGUCAAACCUAUGAUGCAUCUAUGUUAAAGACACCUUCAUUUGAAGGUCAUCAUUGUGAUAAACCAGUUUCAAGGGCACAUUCCUACGAAGGUCACCAUUACUAUGACGGUGUUGGUAUAAGAACACCAUCGUUUGUGGAGGCUAACCAGCGAAGUCCUCAAACUAGGUCAGUUGGUUCUGCUGGGAUAUAUCAGAAGGUUGGGUCAGUGGGUAGGUCAAGGUCAAGUGUAACACCUCGGGCUAUAAAUAGACAUCAGCAAAAUAUGGUUUCCAUGACAAAAACAUUGGAGCAAUCGGAUCAAAAACAGCUAUUGAUAAAACAAGACAGUAUGGUAGGAUUUCGACCUUAUGGAACGGUUUCUAGUACUAUCACCCGGUCACUACCAAAGACUGAAAACAAGGAUACUGGGUCUAAUCGACAGAGUGUCCAGUCUUACCAGACAUCGAUCAGUGUGGCGUCGGUGACGGAGAGUGUGAAGUGUGGGAUGAAGGAACUUGUAAGGAUACUUUAUAUACCAUUCGCUUGCUGUCGUCGUAGAAAGGCUGAAGAUCACCCAAAAGUAGCCCAUCGAUUUCGACACUACUUUUUUAAUCGUCCAAGGACGUGUUUUGUGUGUAAACAGAAAGUUCUUAGUCAAGGGAGUGCUUGUCAAGUUUGCAGAUAUAUAUGCCACAGACAAUGUGAAAAUCAGGUGAUGACAUCGUGUGUUCCCCAAGUCAACCAUGAGGUGAAACAUGAAGCAGUGAAAAAGUACCAGUAUUCCCCUAGAGAGCCUCCGGCGUCAGGCUCCAACACACCAGGCGCAAACAUGUCUUCCCUACGAGACAUGAUAAACAGGGCACAGGUAGAAGAGGACCACCUUGUACUAGACCUCGUAUACAUCACGGAAAGGAUUAUCUCGAUGUCCUUUCCAUCAGAUGAACAUGAAGUCACAUACAGCUACAACCUGAAGGAGGUGAUGAACAUGCUCCGAACGAAACAUGACGACAAUUGUUUGGUCAUCAACCUGUCAGAGCCAAGACAAGACCUGGAGAAAUUUAACCCUAAGCAUGUGAUAGACUACGGUUGGCCUGACUACCUGGCCCCUCCCCUGGAGCGCCUCUGUAACAUAUGUAAGGCGAUGGACUCCUGGCUGAGCACCGACCCACGUCACGUGGUCGUCGUACACUGCAAGGGCAGCACGUCGCGUAUCGCCGUCAUCAUAGCAGCCUUCAUGCACUACUGUAGCAUCUGUGCUAGCGCUGACCAGGCAUUAGACAGAUUUGCUAUGAAAAGGUUCUAUGAUGACAAGCUAGGGGGAAUAACUCUUCCCUCCCAAAUCAGAUACAUAGAAUAUUUCUACGGCCUGCUAUCGGGUGCAAUAAAGAUCAACAGUAACCCGCUGUACCUCCACCACAUUGUUAUACAUGGGGUGCCUAACUUCGACACACAGGGGGGGUGUCGGCCCUUUAUCAAAGUGUACCAGGGGAUGCAGAACAUCUUCACGUCGGGCGUCUAUAACGUUACGGACCAAAUGCAGAAGGUGUGUAUUUCCAUUUCGCCAGGAAUCCCGCUGCGCGGGGACAUUAUGAUCAAGUGUUACCACAAAAAGGCUAAGACAGGACAGAGGGAGGUGGUGUGGGCGUGUCAGUUCCACACCUGUGCCAUCUCUGGGUACACUCUUACUUUCGCCAAAAAAGAUCUCGACGAUGCUAGAACAGACCCUCGGUUUCCAGACGGAGGAAAGGUGGAAUUUGUGUUUGGUAACAGCCAGGACAGUAACGUCAGAGACGUGUCUGAAGUGACGGACUUUAAGUCUGACGUCACAGUACCAGUGGACGAUGGCUCUGACGCUCUGGUGAGAUGGGAUUCGUAUGAAAAUUUUUCACAUGUCAAAAAUGCUGAUGGUACAGUUAAUGAUGUGAAUGAAAACAGUGUGACGUCUUCAUCAAGAGAGGGCGCCACCCGCUCCAUCCGAGAACAGCACUCACAAGGCCCAGUAGAUGGCAGUCUGUAUGCUACCGUAACUAAACGCAAGCAUGAACAUGUCGAAACCACGAGCGGUUCACUUUUUCAAAAUGGCACGACGUCACAUGAUCAACAAAAUGGCUCCCAUACCUCCAGCGUGGAUUCGGGUAUCUCUGCAUCCUCUUCCGGUAUCGCAGGUAACACCAGUUCAAAUAUGAACACAACAAGCACUAGCGUGAAUAUCACGCCUCAGUACACAAGUAAUGUCAACAACAACGAUUCGCUACACCAAAGUUUUUCCUCAACCUUGAACUCUUCCAAAUCGAGUUACAAUAACGGUGUGUCCAGUGGACAGAAGAAGACUGUUCCCCCAUUGGACGAGCAGACGCAGUUAGACAUGAUUCUGAGUGACCUACUUAACGAUUCAGUGUUUGUGUCAACUCCACAGAGUCCGCCAAAAAGUGGUGCUAAUUCUGUUUCUAAGGACACGCGGACUUUCCGCACAUACGACACACAAGCCACUCCGGAUGGAAAAACCACAUACCAGACGGCCGAGGUGACGUAUAAAAUCCCCGGGGGGUUUAAGGAGGAAAGAAACUAUAGCAUGACAAAAACUGAGGAGAAAAGUUAUGUGCCUAAAAAUGCAUUUAGUUAUACAUCGGGGCCAACGUCCCCUGAACUUCAGCGUAAGGAUGAAAGUCCUAAGACUCACUCACUGCCCUACAGAACAGACUAUGACAACCGCUAUUAUACCAAUAAUGAAUCGUCCUUCAAUAGGACCAUGGACAGCUCACGAUCCAUGUCGCCGAAUGAACAGACCUCAUCCUGGCUUCAGGAACAGCAACAGAAACUUCGCCAGCGAAAGGACAGCAAGGAUGAUAAAACAGUCCAGCAGGAACGCCAGUUGGUUGAGGAACUCAAGACGGCACAAAAUAAGUACUUUAUGAAGCGUGCCAAUAACCAGGCUGAGGAACAGGCGACGAUGGAAACAUAUCGUACUGCGUCUUCGCCACCACCCGUUGCCAACGGACCUGUUUCAUCGUCUUACGUCGUGACUCAAAACCAUGCAUACUCAACGGAUCGAUCUGCCCAUGAGCCAGUCCGGUCGUUCUCGCCUCCAGGCUUCACAGGUGACUCCUUCUAUAACACCUCGUACACAUCCACUAGCACCUCAUCAACACAAAAACCACCCCCAUCCCCGGGCCAGCAGCGGGCCCAACCACCUCUAACAUCCCCAGUUAUCCCCCCUGUUAGGUCAAGUAGCAAAGACUUUAUGCAACGCUCCCGCAACACAAGCACUAGUUCAUGGCAGGGGCGUAUCGGACAAAGGGAGCCAGAACAGGAAGUAAAACCGCCCAUUAUACGAGCAAUUAGUGUUACAACCCCUCCCCAAUCUCCCCGCCCGUUCUCUCCCGUUCAGCAGCAGCAGACGUACCAAGUGUCCAAAUCACGGACCUCGGUCGAACAGCAGCACCCACAACGGGACCAGAGUUUAGAUAUACAGAUGACCUUGCCGGUGCAUGCACCCACCAAAACCAAGGUCACAGAGGUGCAGGAGUUUACCCACCCCGAGGGUCAGAAGAAGUCGCAUUACAUCACAGAGGUUUACGUCCACAGGACAGCUGGAGCCGACGGGACAGGAACAACACAGAGGAGCACGACAGCGGAACAGAAGGAAAAAGUAGAAAGGGAACGCAACAGGUUGGAGGAACUGGAGAAGUCUCUUCAGGCUGCUUCUAAUUCCAUCAUAGCUACUACGCCAUGGCAACAACAACAACAACAACAGCUGCAGCAGCAGCAGCAGCAAAAGAGUUACUCGACGACGGAGCGUCACGUGACAAGGCGUGUGGACACAAGGAAAUACGAGACACAACAACAACAACAACACCACCAGCAGCAGCAGUCUGUGAGUAGCUAUGACGGACACGGAGAGGUUCCACCCCUUUCCCCAACUCCUCACCAGCGAAGCACGUCACCCGAGUGGGAUAAUAUGAACAUGCAUGGUUCAGUUACCGUAGAAAAGAGAAAUAACAAAGAUGAAAAUCUUCCAAGAAGGUCAUCAGAGGUCAACACUCUGCCAAGGUCAAAUUGUAAUAGUUUACCGAGGUCAGAGGUCAGCGAGAACAGUGAAACAAGCGAGAGUGAGGCUCGAAUGUCUUUUGUGGAAGCUAAUACUGCACUGAACAAUCUGCUUGGAGAAUUGACAGCUUGGACCAAGGAAAAGCCUGACGUUACCUUGAACUAUAACCUUGAUUCUUGGACCGUUACUGCCGAUGACGUGUCGGCCACAGAAAAGAGAGAUCUUAAAUGCAUUGACCAUAAACAGGAAAUGGUUGAAGUCAGCCCGAACACACUCACCGUCUCGAAAAGUCGUACAGAUCAACGGGGAGAUAACUCGGGGCCCAACAGUCGUCGGGGAGGUCGAGAUGAACUGGAUGUCCAGUGGGGAAGCUGUAGUCGCAGGAGUAGCAGAGACGAGCUGGAUUGUGACAGAAACAAAGGCAGUGAAGAUUUCCUCGGGGGAACGAGGACUCUGGAGGAACUUUUAUGGGGCAGCAACAGUCGAAGGGGCAGUCGAGAUGAGAUUGGAUCAUAUGAUGGCAGUCGAAGGGGCAGUAGAGAUGAGAUUGGAUCAUAUGAUGGCAGUCGAAGGGGCAGUCGAGAUGAGAUUGAUUCGCAAGAUAGUAGUCGAAGGGGCAGUAGAGAUGAGAUUGGAUCACGUGAUGGCAGUCGAAGGGGCAGUAGAGAUGAGGUUGAAGUGGGACAAAAGGUGGACUUUUACAUUGCCACUAGUCAGCAAGUCCAAACCCCUCGCAGCCUUGUUGCCAAAGAAGUAGGUCCACACAUUCAGGAAGUCCUGACUGACAAUGAGAAGGAUGUACCUGUUCCAAGUUUUGGAUUCCAAUCACAGACCAUCACAGAUACUACUGGUGUGUGUCCUGUUACUGGGGCAACAAGUGCUGAGAGACAGGAACAGCAUGUCGCCAUGAUGCAUGAAGAGCAACCUGGAAUGAAGAUAACUCAUUCACAACAACAGGAAUACACAACCGCUACCACACAUUUCCAGCCGGAAGUCACUAUUCAUCAGAAAGAAGCUACCACCAACUGGUCUGGGCAGAUGACCUCAGAAUCAAGCUGUAACAGGCAGACUGGUCAAUUCGUUCAGGAAACAAUCACUCAGGCAGAACCAGUGUUCAUGAUCGAGCCAGGCCAUAAAUCAGGUAAACAUGAGUGUACUAUCAACGUCCCUGGUCAAGGGGAACUCAGCGCUGACCAGCUAGGGAUGCUGCAUACCUAUCUCUCCGAAGGUGGAUCCUCCCUAAAACCUGUAAUAGAAAAAUCUGACAGGACCGCAACAUCAACUACAGCUAAAAGUGAAACAGUUUCUAAAGGUCAAGCAAACAGGGAGCUCACCAGUAAUGCUGCUGGCCUGAGUGUAAACCAAAGCUGUUCUAAGGGUGGAGCUGAAACCAGUCAGGGGCUUGAUUGGCAGACUAAACGGGGAACAUCCGAGUUUGAGGUGGAUGACAAUGGCCAUUACGCAGUAGUGGAUAAAUCUCAAAUGUUUAAUACAUCCAGUAGACAGCAAUUCGUCACAUCACAAUAUCAAACAAUCGACUCGGUCAGAGGGUCGGAGAAUACUAUGGCAACCAGUCAACCUGCGAGGCUCGCCAGUACAACGAGGAUGGGACAAAAGCAAUUUAUCACCUCCGAAUACCAGACAAUCGACUCAAUCGAAUCCCUGGACACUCAGACCCUGACACAGUCUAAAUCACAGACAGAAUUCACACUGUCCAAAUCCAGCAAAGCAGCAGACGAGGUCAUAUACAGCCAAGUCAUCAAAAAGAAGAGCCAGGUGCAGGCCAUAGCUCCCCCACCCCCCAAACAGAUCAGCGUCGUGGAAGAAGACAAGAUCAGCCUCCGCCCGAUUGGCCCUGGGGUCCAGACUCUGGAACCAGAGGGUAUGGGAACCAUGGGACGCUCCGGAGCUACAACACCAAGCUUCCCGGUCAGCCCAGUCGCUUCAGCAGAACAAAUUAUCCAGGCAGUAGAGGCGAAAGUACGCCGAAUGUCCCUCGGAUCUAACCAGGAUUUGCAUGCAACUCCACCAUUCCCUGUGUCCCCCAGGACUCCAUAUUAUAAUCAAGCUGGCAGUAUGACGAGCCCGUUCAACACGAUGUCGUCGACGACGUCGUCCCAGCAUCACACGACUCAGCAACACCAACAACACAUGAUCCAACAUCAGCAGCUUCAGCAUCAGCAGCCUCAACAGAUGCAGCAGCAACAACAUCAACACCAGCAUCAUCAACAACAGCAACAUCAACAACAGGUUAUCCAACAACAACAACAACAACAACAGUUUCAGCAACAGCAGCAUCAGCAGCAACAGCCACAACAACAACACUCACAACAUCAGCAGUACCAGUACCAACAGGAAUACCACACCGGAGUGCGCAACCAGUCUGGGAGUGUGUCCUCACAAGAUGCCAGCCACGCCCUCCAUGUGGACACCAGCCCUAGGAUGGUCUCCCCUGGUGGCUCCAUGGCCAGGACACCCACAAGUCCGCCGUCACCGAGCAGUCUGAACACACUCCGCCAACAGCUGAGUGUUGGGGGUACCAUGAGCCCCACCUCACACUCAAUGACAGGUCAGAGUUCACCCAGCCUCUACUUCGGUACAUCACGACGAGGCAGUAUCUCCUCACUGGCCGAAUCAGAGCCUGCCCACAUCACCACACCGCGGUUUGUCAAGGACAUGUCGAAAUACUGGUACAAACCUCAGAUAACACGCGAGGAUGCUAUUGUGCUGCUGAAGGAUAAACAUCCUGGCUCGUUUGUCGUCCGGGACAGUAACUCAUACCCCGGUGCGUUUGGCCUCGCUCUCAAGGUCGCACAUAUCCCAGCCAAUGUCCAAACCAAGUCAACUGGUGACCCCUCUGCCGACCUUGUCCGGCACUUCCUCAUAGAGCCCACACACAAAGGUGUGCGGUUACGGGGCAGUAACAACGAACCUAUCUUUGGGAGUCUGGCGUCUCUGGUAUACCAGCACUCUAAUACACCACUGUCAUUGCCUUGUAAACUCAUGCUUCCUGACGCAGAAACUAUGGCGAUGGAUGGAAGUAGUACAAUGGACAGCUCUUCGAAGUCUGAACUGCCGAGUUCUGCCGCCGCCCUCCUGGCUCAGGGGGCAGCUUGUAAUGUUUUGUUCCUGAAUACUGUGGAUACGGAGUCACUAACCGGUCCCCAGGCUGUUGCCAGGGCAAUGAAGGUGACCUUUGACACGCAGCCAUCACCCAAGACAACAGUGGUCCACUUCAAGGUGUCCAACCAGGGUAUCACCCUCACAGACAACCAAAGAAAAUUAUUUUUCCGCCGACACUACCCUGUAGCCGCUGUCACGUACUGUGGUAUGGACCCUGAUGGUCGCAAAUGGAAGAGAGAGACAGAAACUGGCGCUCUGAUGGAAGCAAGAGUGUUCGGCUUUGUCGCACGGAAGUCUGGUGGCCAUUCAGACAACGCUUGCCACUUGUUUGCCGAGGUUGAUCCUGAACAGCCUGCAUCGGCCAUAGUGAACUUUGUAACAAAGAUUAUGAUUGGUCAAAGUGGUAAAGUGAAGCCAUAAAAAACAAAUGUGAAUUUGACCUUGUGACCUCUCUGUACCAUAACUGACUUACCACAAAUGGGUAAUUUUGGAAGGAAGGAGGGAGAAACCAAGGAGAUUUAACGACAACAGAAAGAGAUGCCAAGGUCAUUCAAAGACAAUUAAGGGCACAAAUGUUUCCCCGCAUGUCUUUGGACAUUAAUUACGAGUUUCAUAACUCAUGUUACCAUGGAGACAGAGAAUCGUCAAGAACAGUGAAAUGGAAGGAUGGAACGUAGGGCAAUAUCUACUGUAAUAUACGACUACUGCGCAUCGCCGUGGUUACAGAGGCGUCUGUAUAGGUCCUCUACUGUCGAUGAUAACGUCGCUAACAUUUGAGUUCAUAUACAAAUGUAACCAAUGAAAAAGAUUUUAGUUUUUUGUGCAAAAUUCAGCUUUACAUUAUACAAGUCAUCAACUGCUUUUUCUAUACGCACGUAUAGAAUCUGUGCAACUCCCGUAGAGUUUAACUGCUUUUUCUAUAACAGUAUAGAAUCUGUGCAACUCCCGUAGAGUUACAAUUAUUGUUUAACAGUUGUAGUAGCCUUGCUCCGUUUUUCCCCCUUUUCGAUUAUUUAAUGCUGAUAUUAUUGAGUUAUACAGGUGAUAGCUAUCCGGUAGCCUACCUGUAAUAGGUUGCUAUGGAUAGAGGUAUCCAGUGUUAAAGCUGGUAGAUACAAUCGGUAUUGUAUGUGCCUUGUUGCAGUGUUUAUGAAAACGACAGAUCUGAUUGGCCAGCUGGCAAUUUUUUUGGGAAGAGAGCUUCUCAAAUUUGAAUGUUUCGGUCAAUUUUUAUUGGCCAAUACUUCUUCUCGCUGUUACGAUAAACAAGUGACGAACAAGAUUGGCAUUUUAUGUAUCAUUGAACAUGAGAACGAUGGUGAAAAACCCUUUUAAUAUAUAAUUGAUUUAAAUCCAUUUUGAUGCUCUGAUAUUUAAUCUAUGCAAAGAUUUAUCAGACUUUUACAUAUGACCGGUAACCAGAUUAUAGUGCUACCGAGCCCCUCACAGCUAGCCUACCCCUUACAAAUUGAGAGUUUUAUUUGAUUUAUUGACAGUAUCUUAUCAUUGGACGGUCGUAAUAUGACAUUGUAUUUGUUUUGUUGUGUACCUGUGCAUCAUUUUGUUGGUCAGAUCGUGGAUAUUAUUUUGUCUUGUGAAUGUAUCUCCCGAUGCCGGACUCUCUUCCAUAUAUAGAUGUUUAUACCAAUGUCGCACGAACAGAUGUGUCUUUGUCGACGACACAUAGUUACUAUGGCAACACUCCGAGUGCUGAGAAGAUGGAGGACAGAUGGGGGUCGACAGUGUGUGUUCAAAUGCUUUGUCUGGUUUAUAUUAUAUAACGACACUACUUCUGCCUCGUUACUAUGGCGAUGGUGGCAUAGAGUUGUAACGAGCUGUAGAUGUUACUCUGCAUAUUAUUAUUAUUAUUAUAUUAAUUUACAUGUUGUUAAAUAUGUAUAGGUGAUAAAUAUUGUAUAGUUUAAUUGUAUUUAGUCAGCGAGUUCAUAUUUAUUGAUAUUUUUUGUCUGAAUAAGUUUUUUAACAUUACGGAAUAGAACCCAUCCCUGCCCUUGACCUCAUCAUUGAGCCAGACUCGGCUCUGACUGGGUGCUGUACUGAGAAUGGACCUGCUACGAUAUUGCCAUUUUUGAAUUCACAGAAUCAUAUUCACAACCAAAUUAAUUGCUUUUAUCUUUCUUAUUAUUGAGUAUAUACAAAGCAGUGAUGUAACGAUUAUACAGGCAGUGUUAUAUGAAACAUAAUUCAUCCGUUUGUGACUACAUAAUAUGCAUAUAAAUAGCAUACCUGUAUAAUAUCAUAGAUAGGUAUCCAAGACAACCACAUUUAGUGUUCAUGGUCAUUUUGAACUUCUAUGGGGAAAAAAUGAACGUCAACAAAUUUCCAAAAUACUUUUCCUCUUAAUAAUCACUUUUGUUUACAGCUUUGGGCAGAAAUUGUUGAUCAAGCUUUUCUGGUUAUAUCAGUGCCUUUGGAUUCCAUCAAUUUGUUGCCUGAAAUUUGGGUUUCGUUUAGGAGGAAGGUUUACAAAACUUCCAGAAUAAUGAGCUACCAUCUUAUAAAUGAAAUUUGGUUUAAAUUGUUUUUUCAUACUUUCAAUGUUUCUUAACUCAUAAAUAUUCACUCAAAUUAUGUACACAUGUACUGAAAGUACUUUAUUUUCAUAAAAAUAAAUCACUUUGCUUAUUUCAAAUAGGAUGUUUCCCUACAUGUUUGUAUUUCAAAUCCUCUACAGACUGUUAUUUAAGUUAACAAAAUAAGUUAGCGCAAAACAUUUUGAUCAAAUCAGUCGAUUACUUUAUCAAGUGUAUAAUUUUGCUGAAUAUUUUAUUACAUAUUCGGAACUUUAUUUUGACCAUGAAUUAUUUCAGUCACCAUGAUAGUUUCCAUGAUAAAAGACUGAUUUCAUUCAGUAAUUAUAUAUUGGCUUAGGUGUGUUAGCUGGAAUAGAAUUCCUCUCAAGAGAUUAUUUGUACAAUAUUAUACCUCAUCUCAAAUGUUGGCUACAAAUUUUUCUUUGAUGGUAACUUUUUUUCUUUAUGGAAAAGACUUUUUAACAAAAAAAAAGCAAAUUUUGGCUGUCGAGAUUUAUAAAGGGACAUAACAGUCCAAGGUAGGAAAAGAUGACUGAAAUUUUUCCCUUUAAGAAUUAUUGUUCCGUCUCUUCAAUUUGCAAUAAUACCAAGUCAUGCAGUGUAUAAUGCAACUCUGUUAAAUAUUUACAACCAGGUUAGCUCGCACUGCUUAACGAAGACAUGGGCAUAACUUACUAUCAGGCUCUUUGUAGGAAUGUUACUCACAUAUGUCAGACACUAUAUGUGGUUAUAUUUACUGAUGAAAUAAAAAUCAGAUAUUUAUCCGU